AUGAUUCGGGAUCAGGUUGUGUUCGGUACAAACAAUUCAAAGUUAUGGGAAAAAAUGCUCAAAGAAAAAGAUAUAACGCUGCUCAAGGCUGAACAGAUCUAUAAAGCAGCGGAAGUAUCCGCCCAGCAGAACGAAGUGUGGGCGCAGGCGGAAAAACAAAUGGCGCUGGUGAAAAAGAAGCAACAGUACAAAUGUGCCAAGUGCAACCGGCCGCUCGAGCCAGGACGGUGUCCGGCAUUUGGAAGGUCAUGCUUCUUGUGCACAGGUACUGACCAUUUUGCGGCUUGCUGCAAGAAAGGUCCGCAAGUCAAGGUCCACCUUAAGAUAGACAGCGUCGGCAACCAUGCAGACUGGAUCAUCCACGCAAAGGUGGCGGACCAGCCAGUCGUCUUGAAGGUGGACACGGGCUCCCAAGCUAACCUGCUGCCUUACUCGAUCUAUCGGAGGUGCACGGAGAAGGCGAACUUGAAACCAAGCGCCUCUGUGCUUCGAUCAUACAGCGGGGACGCCAUCAAGCACAUCGGGGUUGCAACUCUACGAGUGGUCAUUUACAAUCGGUCCGGCGACAUCGAAUUCUUCAUUGUCAAAAAAGGCAGCCAGGCACUACUCGGACUGCUAGCAAGUGAGGCGCUGGGACUUGUGUCGCGCUCGGUGAGUGUUGUGAACACCAGCAAUAUCGAGAAAAUAGUGACAGAAUUCCGCCCUCUGUUUCAGGGUACCGGCUGCCUGGCACGUCAGUAUCGGAUGGUCCUGCGAGAUGACGCAACACCGGUAGUUCAACCGGCACGACGAGUACCUCUGGCGCUGCGAGAGCCUCUUCGAGAGGAGCUGGAGCGUAUGGAACGAGCUGACAUCAUCCGCAAAGUCAAUGGGCCAACG